AUGAACCAAACAGAGCGAUACCUCUGUGACCCGUCGGUGGUGUGGGCUGUGAAGCGUGCCAAGAUUCUCACUAAUGACUUCAGACGAGAGGUUGAGGAGAUGGCAACAAAGAGUCAUCCGCACUUGGUGCGGCUGCUGGGGUACUGUGUGGACAUGGAUAUGACAACAGAGCACCACGAGCAGAUCGUGAUCUAUGAGUUCUGCGCGAAUGGAGACCUCGAGAAGUACCUUAGUGGCGAGGUCAUGCUGACGAGGCCUGCUGUGGUGGAAGAGAAGGGCAUCAACACGAGCAUCAAGGAUUGGGCUGCUCUCCGCGUGCAAGAUCGAGACGCCCAAGGUCUCAAGGACCCUCAUCUCGACAGCAUUCCUAACGAGCUGCUUCUGCAAGUCGUUGAGCUUGCGUUACGAUGCACUGGCAUGCCUGCUUCCUCGCGCCCGCACAUGCGAGAAGUCGCCGCGAGAUUGGACGCUCUCUCAAAGGAGUUUCUGCAGAAAACGCCAUCGAAGGCCGACUCGCGGCUGGAGAGCAUCGACCAGGAAGUUGCAAUGCGGCACCCGGAGCAGAGCUUGGAUGAUGAGUUUUUACGCAUUGAUGUGAUCUCUGGCGCAUGUGAUUGA